UUAAAGUGUUCAACACUUUGUAUUACUUUGUAUCGCGUUAACUAACCUAGUCUCCUUCUUUAGUUUUUCUUCUUUAGGUAGAAUUUUUGUUUUUUUAGAUAAAGAAAGGUCUUUGUCAGUCGCUCUGUAGCUAGAGGACCAAAGUGCAACUGUGACGACUAAUGUGGUCUAAAUGUGGUUCUGGUCCCACUUAAAUGAGCAUGCCGAGCCAGACGACGUCCCCGCCGCUGACAGUGACUGUGCUGGCCGCGCUGUGGGUCAGUUUGGGUCGGUGCGGUGUCUCCGAGUCUCCGGGGCUGGGGUGUGACAACGGAAAGCUGUCUUUGGAGAGGGACCUGUCUGUGGAUGCUGCUUAUUGGGAUUGUCCAAGGUCUACAUGGCCAAAGUCUACACAGAGACUUCCCAGUAUUGACACAGUCUAUGAUCCUGUGAAACCAGCAAGGCUGGUCUGCAUGGAUAAAUCUAUUUCCUACAACCACACCAUUCCCAACAGUGGAGCACACAGACCAGUAGGGGCAGAGAGUGGCGAGUACUUGUACUGUCCUCCUCAACGGUGGCUCAAUAACUUGCAUCAUGGAGCCACUGUUUUGCUCUACCACCCCUGUACUCCUCUCCACGAGCGUCUGCUUCUGUCUGUCCUCGCCCGGUCCUGUCUGCCUGACUUCAUCAUGAGCUCACAUCCACAGCUCAAUGAACACAUGCCAAUAGCCAUAGUGUCAUGGGGUCACACCUUGGAGCUGCCCACUGUGGCCUCUUCAGACGUCUGCAGUUGGCUGGAGACCACAACAUCUGAGAGAAAUGUUUUUGGUGGUUUGAGCCAGAGCAGGAAGUACAACCUGCUGCUAACCUGGUCGGCCGAGCAGCACCAGCAGCAGCAUGCACACCCAGAGGAACAUCCAGCAGAAAUUAAGGAGUCUUUGAGGCAGUGCUGCGAGCAGACCAUCUCUUCUCUGCAUGGAGCAAUGGAGACAGAACUGGAGUCCAACAUGAAGAAGGAGCGCUCGAAACACAUAAAAGAGGAAGGCAAAAGCAGACAGAUAAGAGCUGCCAUUAGAGAAAACCAAGAAAAUAUGAAGGAUGAUAACAAGAGAAACAAUGCAAUUACACACCAGAGUAACAGAACCACCCCCAGCAGGACAGAGAACGUCCGAAACGAAAACAGCACGCUCAGCUCAUCAACAGAGUCUUCUCCAAGGAGCAGGACUCAUUUACAUCCUCCAGGCCUCAAGGAAGUUCCCUCACAGUCUGAGAUCAAAAAUUUAAAUCAGGGCCUUACAUCCACGUCCACAACUCUGCUGGGGUCAAAUAUGUCUGAGACUAUGGUAAGAAGUGAUUCUUUAGGAUUUAAGGCUCCUGAGUCUCAAAAAAGCAGGCCAGUGUUACAGACAGAAACACAGCAGGCCAUUCCUAAACAUACUGACCUCAGAAAACUAAACCCCUCUUCUGGGUUGAAUCUCCCCACAGAUGGUGUGAACAGUCAGAAGAAUAACACUGUCAGGCCAGAUGCCCUGGCCCUCAGUUUCAAAGAUGAAGGUACUGACUCAACAAAACAGAGAGACAAAGACUCUGUGAAACAGAAAGAAAACGUCUUUAAAGACAAAAACUUUGAUAAAAGCAACACAGCAGGUGGCACAAUGAAGGAUAAUGAUGUAGUAGAUAUUAAAGAGAGAGAGUUGGAGCAUAAGCAAAUACACAGCCACACACACUCUGGACACAAGAUGCCAAAGCCAAAACACCAGAAUUCACAGCCAGCCAGCUACCUGCACAACAAGCACGACUGUGACGGCUGCACAGCAGGCGAACAAUGCAAAUGCAACGAGGAUUCGGGGGCCUCAGCUGCUGUUGUGAAUAAGGGCUUGCCGAGGACCCCCAGGACAGACGAGGCGGUGUGGGCAGCAGCAGCUCUGGGCUUCCUGCUGAUUCUCCUGACGCUGUCAGUGCUUCACACCCGCCUGUACCGGCACUGGAGGACCACACCCAGCCUUUACUGGCACGACCCACAGCAGGACUAUGACAGUGUGGCAGAUGUGAUUCGCAGGAGGCUACGAAUUGCAAACAGGAGGCGAAAAAGAGGCAGAAGACAGGAGUGUGUUCCUCUGCCCAGCUCUUCCAGCUCAGACGAAUAUCCGUAGAAAAAUGAAGGAAAGACCCCCCGCAAUGUCAAGAAUGCACUGAAGUCUCAUUAGUUAGUAGCAUUCCUAAUAAUUAUUCAGUCUACACAUUUUAUAAGCUGUUUGUACCUAUGCUGUUUAUCUGACUGAGCUGGAUUUGGACCACCUCUGUCAAAAAAAGUUGCUGGAUAUUCCUAAAGCUGAAUCUGAAGUGUCUCAAAGCUGCUGAAGGGUCAGUUAGAUUCUUUGUCCAUAUGGAUUGGGUACAGAAUGGUUUCAGUCUUUGCAUUUUUUUUUAUUUUAUUUUUAGAUUGGGACCAUGUUCAUAUCUGCUUCUCCUUGUGAAGAAGGGUACACAGAAAAACGUCCUUUGGCCAUCCAAAAUUCUGUAUUUGUAUUCUGAACAGCCGGAACAGAGGCAAAUGAUGUCUUACCAAAUUGCAUGUCAUCAAUUUUACAUUCACUUGUCCAAACAACAGUCCCAUAAAUAAAAAGCAUCAAAGGAUAUUAACAAAAGAGGCCAGUGUAUACUGACGUAAGCUCUCAAAGCCCUCGUCAUUCAUGUGGUUCUGGAUCAGUCCUUUGUCCCCUCAGGAGAUCCACAUAAACAGCACAUCAAAGAGUCCAAAGAGAUACCCCCAGGUUUGAAUCAGUUACUUGCAAAUUUUUUUUAAUAGUCUGGUACACUUCGCACAGCAUACACGACUUGUCACACUCCGUGUAUUACAAUCAAUAUUAAGUCUCCUGUUUGUUUGUCAACUUUCCUAUCCGAUAAUUGUUUUUAUUGUGCAACAUUUUAUCAGAAUUUGGUUUAACAAGUAGUUUUAUAGUAAUAGGUUGCUUUUACCUGUGAAGGUUUAGUGUGUGAAUAAUAAGUUGCUGUUCUAAGCAACGCUGUGGUAUGUGUUCUCAUUAAAUGGUACGAACGAGAACAACUUUAUUUUGAAAAUGAAUGUAGAUAGAUUUUAGAGAAGGAUUACAAACACAAUAAAUUCUUUGGCCAAAGUG